AUGCGUUUCAAAAAGUCGGUUAGCUCUCUCUUUUGUUUAUUUCUAUUGGGAUCCGGGUUGCUCUCAUUUUUUGUUAUACUGUCAGGAGCCAGACACUCUGGCGUGCUAAAAAAUUUUUAUUGGUUGGAAGCUGAUACUUCUGGUUUUAACUCUGCACCUGAUCGCACGAAAUGGUUUAAUUACAACUGGUGCGGGUCGCAGGACGGCGUUUUAGCGAAUUGUUCCAACAACCGUGCCGCUAUGCCGUUCUCCCCUAGGGAUAAUUUCGGUUCUUCGACACAGUUGCCUGGGGCAUUUAUGGAUGAUGCAAACACGUACUACUAUCUGUCUCGUGUGGGGUGGGCAAUGCUGCUAAUUGGUUUGACUUACAUUGUGUGUGCCAUCAUUCCCAUGUUCAUGUCAAUUUUCACUCUUGCUUUUGGUUGCACUCUUUUCACCGUUCUGGCCACUUGGCUAGCUUGGUUUUUUAUUACGUUGGCGGCCUGUCUCUACACUGGCUGUUACGUCAAGGCCAGAAAUGUCUUCCACGACAACGGGAGGGUUGCGAGACUUGGUGUGAAGAAUUUUGCUUUCAUAUGGACCAGCGUGGCCUUGCUGACGAUGUGCGCAAUUUGGUCCACCGUGCUGGUUUCAGUAUCCAGGAAGCUUGCGAAGCGCAACCAAGGUUUCGGUUACGAUUCCGCGGAUUCAGCGAAUACUUACGGUAUGGAGAAGUCAACUUUGGAUACCCAUGGAGCUAAUGAAGCCUCUAAGCCCAAGAAAUUCUUUUUCUGGAGGCGCACAGUUUCUCCGCAGGCCGUUCACGACGUUGACCUCGAGCCUGAACUUGUAGACCCCACAUAUAAUAACCAGCGCUCUCAGCCCAUUUCUCAACCGCUUCCAACAGUUAAUGAAGAAGUAGUCCAUACUACAAAUUACUCUAGCAACACCGUUCCAAAUAAUAAUACUCGUUCGUAA